AUGCUCAACGCAUUUACUCUACAGAAAAAAUAUCCUGCGUUACAGGUUAACGACAUUAAUUCCUUGAUUGACCAGUUCAAUGCUUGCGAUUUAGACGGUGAUGGUUAUUUGGACCAAAGUGAAAUUCAGCAAGCUUGCAAGGACACUGGUUACAGUGAUAACUAUGACGAAAUCCGUGCUACUCUGAAGCAAGUCAGCACAAGUGCAACUAGCAAAAUCGAUACUGAAGAGUUUGUCGAGCUCGCUGCAAAGCUCAAGGAAGGCCGUAACAAGGGCGCUUUCGAUGUGCAUCAACACAAGAUCAAAGUACACGGCUCCAACGCUAGCACAACCCAUACAAUCAACGAAGAUGAACGAACCGAAUUUACUCGCCAUAUCAACAGCGUCAUGGCUGGGGAUGCUCAUAUUGGACACCGCCUGCCAAUCCCGACCAACACAAUGCAGCUGUUUGACGAGUGCAGGGAUGGUUUGAUUCUGUCCAAGCUUAUCAACGAUGCUGUGCCGGAUACAAUUGAUGAGCGUGUAUUGAACGCAUCAAAGAAGAUCAACAAUUUCCAAAUGGUCGAAAACAACAACAUUGUCAUCAAUUCGGCCAAGGCUAUCGGCUGUUCAGUCGUCAACAUUGGCCCUACGGAUAUCAUUGAAGGUCGUGAGCAUUUGAUUCUCGGCUUGAUUUGGCAGAUCAUCAAACGUGGUCUGCUCAGCAAAAUCGAUAUCAAGCUUCACCCCGAAUUAUAUCGCUUGCUCGAGGAAGACGAGACACUGGACGAGUUCUUGAAGCUUCCCCCUGAUCAGAUUCUGCUCCGCUGGUUCAACUACCAUUUGAAGGCUGCCAACUGGGACCGAAGGGUCAAGAACUUUAGCAAGGAUGUCGCCGAUGGUGAGAACUAUACGAUCCUGUUGAAUCAGCUCAAGCCUGAGUCGUGCUCGCGUGCACCUUUGCAAGAGCGAGAUUUGCUGCGCCGUGCUGAAAUGGUCCUUGACAAUGCCGAAGCCAUUGGAUGUCGCAAAUACUUGACUCCUACUGCAUUAGUGGCUGGUAACCCUAAGCUGAACUUGGCCUUUGUUGCCCACUUGUUCAACACCCACCCUGGUCUGGACCCAUUGACCGAAGAAGAAGCACCUGAGAUUGAGCCAUUCGAUGCUGAAGGCGAGCGUGAAGCCCGUAUGUUCACCUUGUGGUUGAACAGCUUAAAUGUCGAGCCCGGUGUUUACAACUUGUUUGAGGAUCUCAAGGAUGGUUUGGUCUUGUUGCAGGCAUUCGACAAAAUUGUGCCUGGUAUUGUCAACUGGCGCAUGGUCGGCAAGAAACAGCCCUUGUCUCGAUUCAAGAUGAUUGAAAAUACCAACUAUGCUGUCCACUUGGGUCAAGAGCGACGGUUCUCGUUGGUCGGCAUUCAGGGUGCGGAUAUUGUGGAUGGUACCAAGACCUUGACAUUGGGUUUGGUCUGGCAGUUGAUGCGUGAAAACAUUGUCUUUACGCUGCAGUCGCUCAGCAAGGGUGGCCGCCCUGUCACUGAUCAAGAUAUGGUUCGUUGGGCCAACGAGAUGGCACAACGCGGUGGCAAGCAAAGUCGCAUGCAGUCGUUCCGCGAUCCUUCCCUGCGUACGGGUGUAUUCUUCCUCGAUGUUCUCAAUGGUCUUAAGCCUGGCUAUGUCGAUUAUGCUCUAGUAACACCUGGUCGAACUGAUGAGGAUGCUUUCAAUAACGCCAAGUUGGCCAUUUCUAUUGCUCGUAAGAUCGGCGCUACCAUUUUCUUGGUGCCCGAGGAUAUCGUGGAAGUUCGAAGCAAGAUGAAUUUAACAUUUAUUGGCUCACUGAUGUGCUGCCAACGCCAACAAGGACUUUAA